AUGGCCGAUAUGGCACUUGAUGAUCUGAUACCGGAGUUCGAACUAGAGGGUGAUGAGACCGUUGCCCUGGAUAUUGGUGAGGCGGAGGUUGACCCGAAUCUGGGGGUUGACGUAUGGCUUGUGGGUCGGAUCCUGUCACCAAACAAGGUGGAGCCUCGCGUUUUUCGUAGCGUUAUGCGACGCUUCUGGGAGUCGCGAAAUUGCCUGGACAUCUGCCAUGUUGGCAUGAAUCUGUUCUCUAUCAAAUUUGGCUCAACACGAGAUAGGGACCUAGUACUACGGGGAGGUCCGUGGUUCUUCAGUAGACAAUUGAUUGCGUUGAGCAUCUUCGACACCGCUGUUAAUCCAGCAGCUAUCCCAAUCACUCGAGUCCCUUUUUGGGUCCAAGCUCAUGGCCUGCCUUACACUCUACGUACCGAGAAGAUGGCACGUUCCCUUGGUGAAUCUCUUGGUGGUUUUCUGGACUGGGACAAGUAUGAGGGCAACAGAUAUGGUGUCAGCUUGCAUAUCCGUGCUUGGAUCAACAUUGGUUCACCCCUGCGUCGGGGUCAGAUGGUUACGGCGAAAGGCAAGGCUCCUGUGAAAGUAGCCUUCAAGUACGAGAAACUAACCAAUUUUUGUUACCGCUGUGGGAAAAUAGAUCACGUCCUCAGAGAUUGUGAGUUACUUGAGGAUGGCGGGGCAACCAAAUAUGGUAACUGGCUGCGGGCGGAGGGUGAAGGCGAGCAUCGUUAUGGGGGCCGGCGUGAGGAUGCAGGCUAUGAAGGUGAUGAGUAUCAGUUUGAUAAGAAUGAGGGAGAGGCACAGCAUGAGAAUUCUGCUAAGAAUGAUGAGGACAAUAAUUUGAAUUUGAGCCAAGGUGGGAUACCAAGUGGCGGUGAUGGAAACAAAAAGAAUAAUUCAAGGGAGAUGCGUGCCAGGGAGGAGGUUCACGAGGGACCAAAGUCAGCAAGGAUACAAAGCACAAGUGAAGGAAAGCAACCAGAAUAUGUGUUUGGAAGUACUAAUUAUGGGACAAAAACAAAAGAGCAAAAAAACAAAAAUAGAGGUGUUGUUAUCCGUGAUGGAACAGGUCAAGAUGCAAGAAAGAGCAAUAGCUACACUCCAAUGAAGAGGGCUAGUGUGUCUUCUUCCACUCUAGGGCCAAUGAGCACGGGGUACACACCCCCUUUGAAGAAACAAACUACAGAUGAUGGAUUGGGAUUGGCGGAGGCUGCGGAUGAGCAGUCCCGCCCACCUCAAUGA